CAUAUGGCUGCAGAGAACGGCGGCGCGGAGGUGAGUGCAAGGCGGUAGCUCUUGAACACUUUUAAAAUUGUUUGAGCAUGUACCUUGUGUGGUACUCAUAUUCUGAGUAAAUAAUGUUCGACAGUGACUGCAAGAAGUGCAGGAAGGAUGUAACACGCCGCUAUAGAAGAACAGUACGUGAGACGUGCUAUGAUUGGUAUGAUGUUGAAUAUGUGGGGCUGAAGUGGGCAGGGCAGGGCAGGUGGUUCUCAAGAACAGCUCCUGUGACAAGUGGCUCUCUCUCGAGGGUGAAGAGGAAUGGGUGUCACUCACUGUGAAGAAUGGAGUGGAGGACUACGAGACGGAAGGCCAGUGGCAAUUGGGGCAGACAAGUGAGACACUUGAUGAUUUGGAUAACAUUAACUGAACUGAUCCAUCCAUAGUCUCUUACACCCAUGGCAUUCACAAGGUCUGCAAACCUUCUCUUACUUUGCUUUCAAUCAAUCCCUCUAUGUUCAUUACUUGCUCCCAAUUUAUAACAUUUCACCUUAGUUUCACUCAAAAUAUGUACUUAUAUGUACGUAGUCUAGCAUCCUCACACAAAAAUCUAACUAACAAAUUAACUACUGAAUGAAGUAAUAAAGAAUGCAUUAAGGUUAGGUUAGAUUUGUUGUCUUAGGAUAUGGCACAUUUUCUAGGUAACUAUAUCUCACUCCCUGUUAUGUUAGAUGAAGUGGUUGUGGAUGGUAGGAAAGCAUAAUGGAUAUGUUAGGUUAGGUUAGCUGCCUUAAAUUUCAACAUACCAAGAAGAUUGGGCAUCCAUAUAAGUGUCUAUGCCCAGAUGCUUGAGUUGAUCCCAUUAACAGAGCGUGAUUUGCUGCCUAAGAAGUUUCCCACCAGUGAAGUGGUCUCAUGGAGUGGUUCCUUGGAUGGAGGAUCACCAACUGGAAAUGAGCAAUAUUAUUGUUAGCCAUGCCAAGGAUGACUAUGAAGCCACAAGAUUGCAAGAAAUGAGAUCGAGUGCUCUUUCACACCAAGCUAGAAUGAAGAAGAGCUUAGAAGAAAUUGAUGUGUUCAACAGAUAUGAACAAUAAAAUCUGGGCAAGCUUAGAAACAUCCUAAAACUGGAAGAGUGUAGCAGGAAAUAGGUGUAAGAGUAGGAGGAAGAUCGCAUUAAUGACAAUAGCAGAGAAAAAAAGCCUUAUUGCUAAGCAUGAAAGUGGUAUGCGUGUGACUGACAUUGCUGCCAUGUUUAAGAUGCCGGCAUCAACUGUGUGUGGCAUUCUGAAAAACAAAGAAUUGAUAAAAGCAGCUGAUGUGGCAAAAGGUGUUAUGAUUCUGUCCUCUCGGAGAUCAAAGUGUAUAGAGGAGAUGGAAAAACUUCUCUUAGUGUGGAUAAAUGAAAAACAGAAGGUUGGUGUUCACCUCUCUUAUGACUUGAUUUGUAAGAAAGCAAAGCUCCUGCAUGACAAGUGCAGGAGAGACAUGUCUGGAAGUAGUGGUGAUUGUAAUGAGUUUAAGGCUAGCAGGGGCUGGUUAGAAAACUUUAAGACAAGAACUGGGAUCUUUGUACAUAGAAAAGUUGCUUGUGUAAAUAUGGAUACUAUAAAAAGUGUUCAAUCUAGAGAUGUUGCUGGUUCAAAUGUGGAUGUAGCCAAAAGUGCUGUAGAAAGAGAUGUUGCUGGUUCAAAUGUGGAUGCAGCAGAAAGUGAUAUAGAUGAUGAUGCUGCUGUGAAUGUGAAUGCAGUAGAAAGUGAUAUAGAAGUUGAUGGUGCUGUGAAUGUGAAAGUAGCAGAAAGUGAUGUAGAAGAUGGUGAUGCUGUGAAUGUGGAAGUAGCAGAAAGUGAUGUAGAAGAUGGUGAUGCUGUGAAUGUGGAAGUAGCAGAAAGUGAUGUAGAAGAUGGUGAUGCUGUGAAUGGGGAUGCAGCAGCAAGUGUUAUGGAAAGAGAUGUUGCUGCUGUGAAUGAGGAUGUAGCAGCAAGUGUUAUAAAAAGAAAGAUUGCUGCUGUGAAUGGGGAUACAACAACAAAGGUUGUGUCAAAAGUGAAUGCAGUAGCAAAGUCUGUGAAGAAAUUUAGUGAGUUUGUAAACACAGGGGGAUAUGUGGCACAGCAAGUGUUCAGAUGUGAUGAGAUGGGACUCUUCUGGAAAAAGAUGCCAAGCAGGACCUACAUAGCUAAAGAAGAGAAGUUUUUACCGGGACAUAAACCAAUGAAAGACAAGCUUACUCUCUUGCUGUGUGGUAAUGCAUGUGGCAAUUGCAAGAUAAAGCCUUUGCUAGUGUACCAUACAGAGAAUCCAUGUGUGUUCAGAAAGAAUAAUGUUAUGAAGAGCAAACUUAAUGUUAUGUGGAGGGCAAACAUAAAGGCACGAGUUACCAGGCAGUUCUUCACUGAGUGGAUUUAUGAGGAGUUUGCUCCUUCUGUGAAGGCUUAUCUUCAGGAAAACAAUCUACCCCUGAAGGCUCUUCUUGUGGUGGAGAACACUCCUGCUCAUUCCUCCUGGCUUGGAAGAUGACUUAUUGAGUGAAUACAGCUUCAUCAAGGUUAUAUUCUUGUCACCCAUCUCCAAUCCUCUCAUCCAGCCCAUGCACCAGCAAGUCACCUCAAAUUUCAAGAAAUUGUACACCAAGGCCAUGUUCCAGAGAUGUUUUGAAGUGACAAAUGAGACUGAACUGACACUAAGAGAGUUCUGGAAAGAUCAAUAUAAUAUCCUCCAUUGCUUAAGAGUCAUAGACAAAGCAUGGAGGGGAGUAUCUCUGAAGACAAUGAACUAUUCCUGGAAAAAUUUUUGGCCUGAAUGUGUUACAGGCAGAGACUCUGAAAGCUUUGAGGAACUGUCAGUUUUGCCAGCUAUUGUGAGGCUGGGCAGGGCCAUGGGGUUGGAGGUGAGUGAAAAGGAUGUGGAGGAGUUACUGGAGGCUCACAAGACUGAACUCACCAAAGAAGAACUUCAUCACCUCCACAAGAUGCAGCAAGAGGAACUGGCACAGGAAAUUUUUGAUGAGGGAGAGGGAGAUUGUGGGAAUGUUACUAGAGCUGAAGUUAAGGAACUGUGCCGCUUGUGGUCUAAAACACAGGUCAUUGUUGAAAAAUGGCAUCCUAACAAGGCAGUUGUCAACAAGAGUAUAAACUUGUUUAAUGACAAUGUGAUUGACUACUUCAGAAAAAUUCACUAAUAGUCACCAACAUCAGACAACUUUGGAAAGGUGGUCCUCUAAAGAAAACCAAUCCAAUGAUCCCAACCCUCUGCAGGACAGAGGCUAUUGUUAUGAGAAUGAAGAAGCAAAGAGAACAAACACGAGAAACACAGUUACUUGUUACUGUAGAAGCAGUAAACUCUCUCCUUCCUUCCUCCCUCCUUACCAGUUUAUAAAUGCACCCUCACUAAGGGAAAUAAUGCCUUUUUUUCUCAUAUCAAUAAUCAUCACAGAUUGAUGGAAAAUGUAACAAAAUACACAUUGCUCCACUACUGGCCACUUUCAAAAUCACUUCUAUAUAUCCUAAAAAUUACAAAACAGAUGUGAACAACAAAUUUUACUGAAAUUUGCAUCUUUACUUUGUGAAAGUACUCAAAUUGAACCUACUGACAAACAGACUAAUAUGUUGCUGUAAUGACAUCUGAAAGUUUCUACAAAUACACAAACAGGCUCACAUGGUGCCGUUUUCUACAAAUACAAGUCUAUAAAAGGA